AUGGGUAACAAAAGUAGCAAGAUAACGGCGCAAGAUCGUGCUAUUCUUGAUUUAAAAGUUCGACAAGACAUAUUAAAAAAAUAUCAGAAAAAGAUUGAAUUAGUUGCAGAUAAGGAAACUAAAAUAGCAAAGACAGCAUUAAGUCAAGGAAAUAAACAAGCAGCUUUAUUAGCUUUAAGAAAGAGAAAAUAUCAACAACAAUUAUUAAAGAAAAUUGAUGCAAAAUUAUUUCAUUUGGAAGUAUUGACACAAUCUAUAGAAUUUGCAUUAGUCAUAAAAGAAAUUAAUAAAGGAAUUUCAAUUGAAAAAGUAGAAAAAUUAAUGAAAGAAACUGCAGAUGCUAUAUCAUAUCAAAAGCCUGAAGAAAAACUUCCCAAUGUUCCUGGCAUUCGAUUUCCUACAGUCGAAGAAAGAAUUCAAGCAGAAGAACUUGAGGACAAAUUUUCCAAAGUUCCUGGCACUCGAUUUCCUACAAAAGAUAACUCAAUAAGUCUCAUUCUGAGUAUCGAGUACAUCAAAACUAUUCAAAUAGCUCUCUCUUUGAAAGUUCUUCGUCUUAAUCUUGGUCUUUCGUGA